UUGACUGCCUAUAUUGGUCUAUAUUUUAAUUAUUAUUACCUAGUAUUUAAACUUUUAAUUUUUAUUACAAACUAUAAAUAAACUGAUCGUAUGUUAACCUAUCCUAUGAAGGAAGUAUCGACAUCACAAAAACACGUUGGAAGAGAUACAUGCAUGAAGUCAUCUGUUGAACAACAAUGGGGAUAUUAGUGUCGAAGUUUAAUAUUUUUAGUUUUUAUUUGUUACAUGGUAAAGAACCUUUAAAGGUUAUGAUGCUUGGUUUAGACGCGGCAGGAAAAACUAGAUUGUUAUACAAGUAUAAAAACGUGGAUCUUAAGACUACAUUACCCACAAUUGGAUUUAAUGUUGAGACUAUCAACGCAUCUACAGACGUUAAAUUUUCUAUAUGGGAUGUAGGAGGAGGAAACAGAAUCAGGCUUCUAUGGAAGCAUUAUUGUAAUAACGUUUCAGUUGUGACAGAUGUAUGAGAAAAGUUUUAACAUACUUGAACAUAGUAACAUAUAAAAAAAGAGAGACGGGAGACGUCAAAUGGAUUCAACUUAAAAGUAAAAAGCAAACUGACAAUGUAUUGAAUUAAAAUGGAAGAAGACAAAAAGAUAAACAACAGUUAACAAUACAAAUAGUUGAAAAUUAAAGAUCACCACGAAAACACUGGGGUGACCACAGGUGCUCUGGUAUUAUUGUAGAUCAUAUUC